CCUGCAGACGUCACACAUCUUCCUCCUUUAUUGUCCUCAUAUUCUAGAUUUCGUAUCCCCCGCUCGCCCCCGGUUCGGGUUCAAGAAAGUGGUUCGUUCGAAAGGGUAUUCCAUGUCCACGCCCUUUUUUCGUAAUCUGUCAUAAUUUUUCACUCUCUAUAUAAACCCCAGGUCUGCUCUGAAACCAGCAUCAUUCGAAAGCUCAAUUACAGCAUUCAAUUCACUCUUAGACUUCACUUCCGGAGCAACAAUGAUUAAAGCUCUUCUUGUUACCUGCCUUAUUGGACUGGCUGCAGCCCAGUACGGACAUGGAGGAUCCGGUUAUGGUCCCGAUGGUGUCCGAAACCGAUACUUCAUUCUGGGACAUGGACGAGGACCUAUCUCUACUUCCAUCGGAAGUGGAAUCUAUGGCACAUCCUUAGGAGGUAGCUAUGGCGGAUAUGGUUCAGGAAGCAACGGACGAUCCAGCUACAGACCCAGCCAUUCAUCUGCCUAUUCUGCAGGAGGAGCUGAAGGUUACGGGCAUGGAGGUCAUGCUUACGUUCCAGCCCCAGCUCCAGUCUACGCCCCUGCACCACCUGCACCAGUUCACGCCCCAGCUCCAGUCUAUGCACCAGCUCCUGCUCCAGCAACUCACUCAUACGCCCCUGCCCCUGCAGUCCGAUCUUACGCACCUGCUCCACGAGCCUAUGCUCCAGCUGCUCCUUCCUAUGCCCAUUCUGCUCCAGCUGUUCGAUCUUACUCCGCCCCAGCUGUAGGCCACGGUUUGUACGGACCAGCUGUCAGUGGAGGUUAUUCAGCACCAGCUGCCUCAUACGGUCACCAUGAUGAUUUGGCCCAACCUACCCCAUACGAUUUCGGAUACGAUGUCCACAAUGAGCACGGAGAUCAGAUCUCUCGACAAGAAGCUGGAGAUGGUCACGGAAACGUAAGGGGCAGUUAUGGUUACAGGGAUGCCUAUGGUAUCUUCCGACAUGUCGACUACGUUGCUGACCACUACGGAUUCAGGGCUAAUGUCAGAACCAACGAACCAGGAACCGCUCCCCAAGACCCAGCUGAUGUAAGAAUGCACGUAGAACAUGGAGGAUAUGCUGGUGGACACGGUUAUUAAUUUAUUUAAACAAUUUUAUUUCUGGAGCAAUUUGUAAAGGUCUUUCAUGGAAGUCUUUCUGAAAAAGAAGGGCUUUCGUGAACUUUGAUUUUACAGGGAAGCGUGUACGUACAAAUAAUAACAACUUGUAUGUUCUGCAAUCUUUUUUCUCUUACGCCUCUACGAACAAAUGCUUAUUUUAUAGGGAAUUGUGAUGUUUCUAAAUAGUCGUUAUUUUUUGUUUUUGUGUUGCAUGUUGUUCUG